UAUUUAUUAUUCAACACCACCUCUUCAUCUUUAUCCCCACGCCUUUUCCCUUCCUCUUAUUCCUCUCAGGCUGUCUCCGUCUCUCUCUUUAAGAAAUUUGGGAUUUUUAGAUGGCCAUGAAUCCGAAUUCCACUGAAACCUUUGAUUACAUCAACGGUUUCAAAGUUGAAGACUAUGCAUUCCACAAUGGAUUUCAAUUUGAUAUCCCAUCUCCAGAUCUUAACUUUAUGAACAUGUAUGUUCCUCCUACUAUUCCUCCUGAACCCGACCCUGGUAUCUUUGUUCCAUCCAUUACAAGUUCAGAUGGUAGCACUUUUUCAGCUUCCUCGAGCUGGAGUCCAGUUGGGGAGUCUUACUCACCUCCUAAUGACAGUGACUCAACCGAUCCAGUUCUCAAAUACAUAAGCCAGAUACUUAUGGAAGAAAACAUGGAAGACAAGCCUCAUAUGUUUAAUGACUAUUUGGCUCUCGAAGACACCGAGAAAUCCUUAUAUGAAGUCAUCGGUGAGCAAUAUCAUUCGAAUACUCUAAUGGAGAGUCCUAAUAGUAACCUUUAUGGUAGUAAUGGUCAUUUGUAUACUGGUGUUGGCACCGGCAGUGAGUCUAGUUAUUAUGUCGAUCAUCGUGGUGUUGGUGAAGUUGGAGAACCUGGUUCACAUUUUUCUGUAAACUCAACUACUAGCUUGAGUAACAUUGGUAAUGGGAUGAUGGAAUCUUCGGUUAGCGAGCUUCUUCUUAAGAAUAUCUUUAGUGAUAAGGAAUCUAUGUUGCAGUUCCAGAGAGGGUUUGAGGAAGCCAGUAAGUUCAUCCCUAGUAAUGAACAACUAGUUAUUGACCUAGAGAGCAACACAUUUCCCAUUGGGAAAAGGGGGAAUGUACAGAAAGUUGUAGUCAAGGUGGAGAAGGAUGAGAGGGAGAGUUCUUCUGAUGAGUUGGCGGGUAGGAAGAAUCAUGAUCGGGACGAUUGGGAAUUGGAAGACGAGAGGAGCACCAAGCAAUCAGCAACUUAUAUAGAAGAGAGUGAUUUGUCUGAAGUAUUUGAUAAGGUGUUACUUUGUACUGAAGGAAACGCUAUGUGUGAUACCAAUGGAACUGUGAAGCACGGAGAAACCAAUUCGUUGCAGCAGAAAGAUCAGUUGAAUGGAUCUAGUGUUGGAAAAAUUCGUUCUAAGAAAACGGGGAAUAAGAAAGAAUCGGUGGAUUUGAGGACUCUUCUGAUUCUUUGUGCACAGGCUGUUUCUGCUGAUGAUCGUAGGACAACAGGUGAACUGCUAAAGCAGAUUAAAGAGCACUCUUCUCCUCAUGGUGAUGGAACUCAGAGGUUGGCCUAUUUUUUUGCAGAUGGCCUUGAGGCACGGUUGGAUGGGAGUGGAGCUCUAGUUCACAAUUGUUUUGCUUCUCUAGCUUCCAAGAAGACAACAGCUGCUGAUAUCUUGAAAGCUUAUAAAGCUUACCUUUGCGCUUGUCCGUUUACGAAGCUAGCAAUUGUCUUUGCAAACAAAACGAUUUACCGUGUGUCUCAGAAAGCAAGUGUCCUUCAUAUUAUAGAUUUUGGUAUUCUGUAUGGUUUCCAAUGGCCCAUUCUCAUCCAGCAUCUCUCAAAGAGACCUGGUGGGCCUCCUAAGCUACGCAUAACCGGAAUAGAGAUUCCCCAACGUGGUUUCCGCCCAGCAGAAAGAAUUGAAGAGACAGGUCGUCGCUUGGCAAAGUAUUGUGAGCGUUUUGGAGUUCCAUUUGAGUACAAUCCGAUAGCAGUUGAAAACUGGGAAGCCAUCCGGAUUGAGGACAUGAAAAUCAAUCGCAAUGAGUUGCUUGCCGUGAAUUCUCAUUUCCGGUUUCAGAAUCUACUUGAUGAGACUGCCGAGGUGGACUGUCCAAGGGAUGCCGUGUUAAAAUUGAUCAGGAAAAUGAACCCAGAUAUUUUUGUUCACAACAUAGUAAAUGGAGCUUACAAUGCUCCCUUCUUUGUUACUAGGUUCAAGGAGGCUCUAUUCCAUAUGUCUGCAAUAUUUGAUGUAUUCGAAAACACGUUACCGCGUGAGGAUCCAGGUAGGUUGAUGUUUGAGAGGGAGUUUUAUGGGCGGGAAGCAAUGAACGUUAUAGCAUGUGAGGGCUCGGCAAGGGUUCAGAGGCCAGAAACAUACAAGCAAUGGCAGAUUCGUACGAUCAGAGCAGGAUUCAAGCCGCUUCCGUUGGAGCAAGAACUGAUGAAGUUAGUCAGGGAUAAGCUGGAGGCUUGCUACCACAAAGAUUUCGUAAUCGAUGAAGACAACAACUGGAUGUUGCAGGGAUGGAAGGGCAGGCUUCUUUAUGGUUCUUCGUGUUGGGUACCUGCAUAGGAGCAUGGACCGGAAUAUCGGCUACAACUGAGAUCGUGACCAAGACAUUCCUUUGGAAAGGAUAGUUUCAAACUAUGGGGGAAGCUAACACCAUUUCACACACAUAAUUUGUUUUCCCUGUUAGUGGGGUGAUCCGUCGUCCAUGGGGGACAUCUCAGCUUUUUGUAGUGUACUGCAUUAGUUCAAAAUAUUAAUCCAUGAAAGUGAAAUUUUGUAGAAAACCUUUUUCUUGCUACUUCAUGUUCAUCGACUGUUGCAUGGUU